CGAGUAUAGAAAACCGAGUAAUGGUCGCUCUCAACAAACUUCAGCCAUUUACUGGAUUUAAAUAAACAAUUUGAUACUAACAUUAUUGUCGGUAUAGACCUGGAAGAGUUAAAUACUUGUUUUAUUGUUCAGCUGAGACCCACAGCAGAGAUUCAGUACCAGUCAACAAUGCAUUACAUCUCCUACUGGACCUAGCGUGGAUGUCCAUCCCAUUUGUGCUGUCACAUCUCUUGCCUGCAUUGCAUCCUGACCUGUGUAAAGACGGUCAAGGUAAGCUUUACUGAUAAUCAUGUCAGAGACUGGACAUGUUGAAUCCACACAGGUCGUCAGCAGUGGUUCAGACCAGGAUGAGAAGCAGAAGAAGUCAAAAAAGUGUGAAAAGGAGGCAGGAUGGGGACACGUUGUUAUGUUGGACAAAAUAGAGGACUUUUUCCAGAUCUGUGACAGCGAGGGAAAGGGCUUCAUCACACGUACGGAUAUGAGGAAGCUACACAAAGAACUGCCACUCACUACUGAGGAACUUGAGAAUGUCUUUGACUCACUAGAUCUUGACAAAAAUGGAUACCUGACACUAGGAGAGUUUUCCUCCGGAUUUAGUACCUUUCUUCAUGGACGGAAAGUAAUGACUACAGCCUCUCAGAAUGUUCCAGAAGCUCUUGAUCAAAGUUCAGGGGAUGAAGAGCUGUCAGAAAAUGAGGAUGAUGAAGAGAGACAUUUCAGCAUGUUGCUGGAGAGCUUGGGUGCCAGCAAUGUGUUUCAAGACCCGAGUGAGGUUCGCGGCCUGUGGGCUCAGCUCAGGAAUGAUGAGCCUCACCUCUUGUCCGAUUUUGAAGAGUUCCUGGCCCGUGUCACGUAUCAAAUCAAAGAGGCACGACAAGAGAGGAAGGAGAUGGAGAGCGCCCUCAGGAGGAAAGCAGCCACACAUGACACUGAAAUUUGCAGAUUGUAUGAGGAAAUGGAGCAACAGAUCAUUAAUGAAAAAGAUCGAGCAAUUCUGAAGGACUCUGAAAACCUGCAGUCACGCAGUCAAGAGCUUCAGCAGCGGCUCCGCUGUAAAGAACAGGAAUUAGAGCAGCUUUUCCAAAAACAGAGGAAGUUGGAGCGACAAUGUCGUGACCUUCAUAGUGAACACCAGGUGAGUCGACUGGAGAACGUUAAACUCAAAAUGAGCAAUGAGGAGCUGUCUCGUGAACUUGAGCACACCUGCCAAGAGCUAGUGCUGGCUCAGGAGCAGCUGGGCAUUCUGCAGGAGCAGGCCUCUCGACUACAGCAGGAAAGAGAGAUGGAGAUGUACAGAAUCACAGAAGGCUUGCAGAGAGAAAAACAAAGCUUGAUGAAACAGUUGGAUCUACUCAGAGAAAUGAAUAAACAUCUACGAGAUGAGCGAGACAUUAACUUCCUGAAACGCAGUAAUUCAAUGAAAAAAUCUUCACGUAAGCAAAGACUGAGCACAGCCUCAAUGAAAUACACUGAGAGAAAACCAUCUGUCAAAAAAGAAGUUGAUAAAGAGGAAGUGACUCAGCGUUCUAACAGGAAAACCUCCUCUUUAGCAAACGGUGUCUGUUCACCCUUCACCACAGGGGAUGAUGGGAAGCCGGAGGUGGAUGGACGAUCUGAAAAAGUAGCUGGAGAUUCAGAAGGUGCAAAUGUCGGGGUGGAUGUGGAGGAUGGGCCACCGGAUGGAUGGCCUCUACGCAGAGUCAUAUCCAUCGAGGAAGACCACCUCCCUCACCUCCUGCAAGGAGACACUCACCUUCUUCUGCAUCAGCUAAGUGAGGAAGAAGAAGAGCGGGGCAUAGAAGAAAGUCAGGAAAAUCUAGAGACAAGCUCACUGUACCCAUCCAACGCGUCUCUGGCCUCUGCUGACUCUCCACCACCAGUAAGAAUGAAGAAGCCAGCUAAGAAAUGGAUCAGAGGAAACAUGCCCUCAUCUGCACGUGGUCAGCCAGUUGGAAAAGAGACCCUCCAGCAGGUUCCUGCAGAAGGAUCCACUGCAUCCCCUCAACGACUCUUUAAGGUCAUUCUGGUGGGACAUUCCAGCGUUGGAAAAACUGCUCUGCUGCGACGCUUCUGUGAUGGACAGUUUCAUUCGGCCACCGCAGCCACUGUUGGCAUUGACUAUAGUGUGCGGACACUGAAUUUGGGGGACAGUCAUGUGGCUCUUCAGUUAUGGGACACUGCAGGCCAAGAAAGGUAUCGCAGCAUUACCAAGCAGUUUUUCCGUAAGGCAGAUGGCGUGGUGGUCAUCUACGAUAUCACAAUGGAGGACAGUUUCAGAUCAGUCCGCCCUUGGCUGACCAGCAUACAGGAGGCUGUAGGCGACCCUAUACCCGUCAUGCUCCUUGGCAACAAAUCGGACAAGGAGAAUGAGAGAGAAGUGCAGACAAAGGAGGCCGAUAUGUUAGCAGAGGAAGCAAACUUGAUGUUCUACGAGUGCAGUGCUUAUACUGGAGUGCAUGUGCUGGAGGCCAUGAUACACCUGGCUAGGGUCCUGAGGGAGCAGGAAGACAGAGUAUGGGUAAACACGGUCAGACUGGUGGAUCAACCGUUGAAGAAGAAAGCCUGCUGCAAGUGACCACACACACAAAACACAUGGGUGAAAUCACUCUACGCUUUACGUAAUAUGUAUCAUCAUCAGACCCACUUAAACUCAAUGUAAAUAAUUUAAUGUAGGAUGGAAGAUGACAAAAUCACUUAAGCUGGAAUCAAAAAUUAAUAGCAUAAAGUGUAAAAAGGUUUUUCAUGUCCAUUUGUCAAAGAGCAUUGUAUAUUUGUGCUCAUCUGAUGUGUUUCCAACUGUAGAUGAAGUAUAUUAUAGAGUCUCAGGACUAUAUAUCUUUGUAGAUAUACUAUUUGUUAAUGAU